AUGGUCAUUCUAGGCGGCCUCGAGCUGGUCGCAGCUGGGUAUCUCCUCAAGGAGAUGCACAACGAUAGCAAAGAGGAGCAAGAGAGGGAUCGCGAGAAAAGAAGGAGACGGCGGCGUCAUUCUCGUGAAGACCAUCAUCGCCCCCAUCACUACGAUGACCCGAGCCCGCACCGUCCGUCUCGUCCACCCCAGCAACAACAACAACUGCGUCCACCCCAGCAGCCUGGUGGUCCGCCUCGACCAUACAGUGCACCCCCUCCGCAGAAUCGACCACCUGUGUUUCCGAUGGCAGCAGUCGCAACUGCGCCUAUGUGGCACCCCCCACAGCAACAGGGCCCGCCGCCUCAACCAGGUCACCCACAGAGUUAUGGGACAUGGCCGCAGGGACCACCACCGCAACAGCAGCGACCUACUCAAUCUCAGGCUCCGUGGCCGGGCAGCCCACCUCCCCCGAACAACGCCAACCACAACAAUUUCGUGCCUCCGCCGCUUCAGCGUCCCGCCACGAUAUAUCCGCCACCAGGGGUGCACAUCGACCUGAAGACAGGCAAGGUCCAGCAUGAUAUGUAUCCGCCGGAGAUGCCUCGCGACCAGAAAAGGUCCGGAGAAGCCAGAGAAUACUACGAUGGGGGCCGGAAAGAAUAUGAGCGCAUACGCGAGAAUUCGAUGCCCACGCAGCAACGACUGCAACAUUACCAGCCUAUGCCCGGAGACAACGCUCCGCAGCACAGUUACUCCCAGCCCCAAAUCAACUCCACCACGCACACACCUACCCCUCCACCGCCACAGGGAUACGUCGAACUCGAUGCGGAGACUCCGGGUAGGUACCGCCCCCCGAACAACGAGAAGUCUGGGAGAGGCAAAUCAAGUUCGUUCUCCAGCCGGUAUCGAGAUAACGAUAUGGAUAUGCGGGACCCGCCGCCUGCCUACCGCGAGUGA